GAUGUUGUGGGUAUAUUACUGCAAAUGUCUGAGAUAGUUCUUCACUACAGAGCUGCUGACUGUCACUGUGCCUGGUGCAGGUUUACUGCGUCUAUCUACUAACUUUACUGCAGUCGCAGAGACACUCCGAGAGCUGCCGGACCGAACCAAAGGAAAUACGGCGUCAAGACAUAACUUUUUAAGGGAAAUUAUGAGACCUGCGGAGCUGUGAUUUUAUUAUUAUUAUUAUUAUUAUUUCCAGUUGACAGCUGACAAGUCAGGUGGAGAUGGAGAACAAGGCCAUGUACCUGAGCACAAAUGAAGAGCGAGAGAACACCUCUAUGUAUGAAGAAACCUAUGAUGGACGCAACCUGUCCAAGCUCAACCUGUGUGAUGAAGUUUCUGGAAUGCGUCGCAGGAAGCAGGACCAGUGCUGCGGUCACCUGAACUCCCUUUCAGCCAUCAAGUACGCCAUCGUUUCCCUCUACAUCUUGGUUCUUCUCACCAUCUUUGGACUCUGCCUGGCAGUCUCUCGCUCCCAGGUGUCUUCUCAGCGGCAGGAGGUGCUAAUGGAGAACGUGACCCGGAUGUCGGAGCGCUCUCGGCUGCUCCAGCAAACACUGGGCGAGGCGUCCACUCAGGCCGACCUGCUGGAGAACAUCUGGAAAUUGGAGAACCUCUUCCAGAACCACAGCGACUGGCUGCAGAGGCUGGAGAUCCUCAUCAAGGGCCUGGAGGUGGAGCUGAGGAGUAUGCAGGCUCACUCCCUUCAAUCGGAGGGUUACCUUGUGCAGCUUGAUGACAGGUUGUCCAUACUGAGCAGCUCUGCUGGCAGGAACCUGACGGGUUUGAGUGCAGAGGUGGCCCGAACCUCCACAUGGCUCCGUGAUCACGACCUGCUGCUCAGGGAAACCUCGGGGCAGGUGAGUGGGCUCAGAGAGAAACUAGACGAGGUUAACUGGACGGUGGGAGCUGUCAAUCACACCUUCAGCAAUGACAUCAGCAUCCACCACUUAAAGAUACAAGACUUGCAGAUCCAGAUCAGCAACAUAACGGAAGACACCAGCAGUUUAUGGGUGACCCACGUCCACACCGAGGCCCAGCUGAGGAACGAGAUGGAGAUCCUGAACACAAUCACAGAAGACCUACGUCUGAAGGACUGGGAGCACUCCAUGGCCCUGAAGAACCUCACAGUAUUAGAAGGACCUCCAGGGCCAAAGGGAGAGAAGGGUGACACUGGACAACUGGGGCCCCCAGGGGCCCCUGGCCUGACUGGCUUGAGAGGAUUUACGGGAGAAAAAGGCAUCCAAGGCCCUCGGGGAAUGAAAGGCUCCGUUGGAAUUGACGGCGUGCAGGGAGAAAAAGGAGAUGCUGGACCUGCCGGCCCUAAAGGUGACCGAGGAGAAAGAGGGUUCAAGGGGGAGAAAGGUGAUCGAGGAGAGCGAGGAGAAAAAACAGUGGAGGAGACCCUGGUGCGGUUGGUGAACGGGUCUGGUCCUCAUGAAGGUCGUGUAGAGGUUUUCCAUGAGCGUCGCUGGGGGACGGUGUGUGAUGAUGUCUGGGAUAAAACGGAUGGAGAUGUGGUCUGUAGGAUGCUGGGAUACCAAGGAGCAAUUGAAAUCCACAAGACUGGACGCUUCGGACAUGGUACUGGUCUGAUCUGGAUGGAUGACGUUGCAUGUGCGGGGACUGAAGAUACCAUCCACCAGUGUAAGUUUUCUGGCUGGGGCAAAACCAACUGCGGCCACGUUGAGGAUGCUGGUGUGACCUGCGCCACCUAAACCUUCAGGAUCCCAACGCUUCUGCUCCAGCUGCCGAGCAUCUCCUCAAACACGGCCUUAAACGUCUACCAGGUUCUGCCAUUUGUUCCAGGAGCGUCUUAUCAGCAGUAUGUUGCUUAUUUACCUGCAGAAAAAGAACCACCUCACCUGGCAAGCCAUCAUGUUGUGCAUGGACGGAAUAUGCAGCUUAUUUUAGAAGUUCAUGGAUAAACAUGCGACCAUUUCAGCCACAGGAGUGAAUUAUGGGGUGACACUCGCCCUCUUCACGGUGAUGUUUUUAUUAACUGCACAGUAGGAGCUGGUACGCAGGAGGAUGAUCACAUAACAAGACGCUUCAUCAGGCUGAAUUUCAGAGCUCACCUGUCUUCAACAAAGGGCAAAGGUUAGCGUUAAUCGGAAUGGUGUGAAGCUGCCCUCAGAGACUCCUCUGACCUCCAGUGUUGGGAGGACGGGCUGAUCAUCUUCCCAGAGCAUCAUUUCCAGUUUCUCAGGAGGUCGAGCGGCACUUAGAGGAACUGAGAAGACUGUGUCACUGAUGAACUGAUUUUUUUUUUUUAUUUACAGGCAGCUGCUCUUCACAGUUUUAUGUAGGAAUGGCUUUUGCUCAGCAUACCACAGCGUUGCCUUAUCUAGUGUACCAUUGCCCAGUAGGCAACUAAUUCAUGAUUUGCAGGUCAAAGGAUACCUUCUUCUUCUUCUUCUUCUUCUUUUCCUUUCGGCUUUUCCCUUCAGGGGUCGUCACAGCGAAUCAAUUGAGGUCAAAGGAUACCAUAAGGCCUUAAUUAAAACUAGAUUUGAUUUUUACCUGAAUUAGACGUGCCUAAAAGUUCUGCUCACAUUCAUUGUUUCUCACCAGAACGUAAUGUGUACAUUUGGAGGUCUGACAAACAGGUUUCAUACAUUUCCUUCCCAAAACAUUCAUGUUUACUACCUUGCGGUCUUCUUUCAUUUGGCUCAAACAGCACCAUCUGGGGUAAGCAAUGAAGCCUGCAUGGAAAUGCAGUUCCUGUAGUCCACUUGAGACUGACUCCAAAACUUACUCAACCCUCAUCGAUCCCCACAUUAAAAUGUACAGUUUUACAGCAGAAGUAAACAUGUUUACGGCCUGAUAUAAAAAUCACUUUCGGUCUCUAUAGAUAAUUUCCCGAUUCAUGACAACUGUAGGUGGGUAACAAACCCAUUUAAAUGUAUAAAUGCUUAAAGUUAUGCAUGAUUAAGGCCGUUGCUACUGUUAGUGACAGGUGGAUGUGGUCUUAGGGCAGUCCAUUGUUCGCCUCAGCUCCACUCACACUCCACCUCUUGUUUUUGGGUUAGGAGGAGUCAGGUAGUGCCAAGAUGGCACCAGCCAGAGCCACUACACUGAGCUUUAAAAUUAUCCUUCAGGAAACCUGUGGAUAAAGUCACAAUGUCAUCUUCGGUUACUGUCUAUGACUUACGAGCUACACUACUUUGUGCAUUACGGUGCCAGCAGACUCCAAUCAGAAGUGCUUAUCACAUGUUCAGAUUGUUUCCAACGUAGCAGUAUGGCGCUCUCCAACUAUGUCAAAACCAACAGUUGAACAUUGAGACAUAUUUCCUGUUAUGAUUCAUUUAAGAUGAGAGAGGAGCUGAAGCUUGAACAUCUGUCUUGCUUUCUUUUUAUUCGUUUUCUGGACCUUUACUACGUGGCUAUGAUGGUCUUUCUUUAGAGGCGGCCUAAAAAUGCUGUAUUUCCUCUCUCUGUGAUGUCCCUUUACUUUACCUUGGAGUAACUAUAAAUUCUCUGGAUUCCCAAUGUAGUUGAAGAACACAUCAUACAUUCUUGGUUUUUAUUGUGCAUUCCUCCCACCAUAAAGUAAAACCAACUGACAUGGUUGACUACGCAUGAGUGAAGAAAAUAGGAACCUACUUCAAGAAAAAUAGAACCUAGAGUGAUAAGUGGUCAAAACUCUACAUAUUUACAUUUUAGACAGAGAAUAAUCAGCCAAAUCUGUGGCAGUACAGAGUUAAGUUGAUUCUUCAGCCAUCUGAUCCACAGAAAUGUUACAUUUAGCCGCUAAGGAGUGACAUCUGAUCCGUUAGGAGUUGGUGGACACCAAAAACUGAACUGAAGUCAGUGUGAAUAUUGGACUUGCAUUCAUCAGUUGGACAGACACAAAACUCCAAAUAGAUGUUUCUUAGUUUCUGUUGAAUGUGGAAAUAGAGUGUUUGCUACUACGUUCGUCAUAAUGAGGUCUGUUUUUUAAAGUGUUUACUCGACCGGCCGAUAUACAGUACUCUUCAAAAGUUUGGGGUUAUUUAGAAAUGUCCUUAUUUUUGAAAGGAAAUCAUUUUUUUCCAAUGAAGAUAACAUUAAAUGAAUCAGAAAUACAGUCUAGACAUUGUUAAUGUGGUAAAUGACUAUUCUAACUGGAAACAGCUGAUUUUUAAUGGAAUAUCUACAUAGAGGUACAGAGGAACAUUUCCAGCAACCAUCACUGUCUUCUAAUGCUACAUUGUGUUAGCUAAUGGUGUGGAAAGGCUCGUUGAUGAUUAGAAAACCUUUGUGCAGUUAUGUUAGCAGAUUAAAAGUAUGAGUUUUCAUGGAAAACAUAAAAAUUGUCUGGGUGACCCCAAACUUUUGAACAAUAAUGUAAAUAUUGGUUGUUUCUUUUUCUUCAUUUUUAAACAUAUAUGUGUCAGGGUAGAAACUGCGAUUUGGUAGAAUUGGAGUUUCUACCAGUAGAGAUUGCGAUUGGAGUCUCUACCAGUAGAGAUGUAACUUUAAAUCUGACCCCUGCCCUGACCCCUGCCCCUAACCUUAAAAGUCUAACCUUAGCCCUGACAAAUCUCUACUGGUAGAAUUGGAGUUUCUACUGGUAGAGACUGCGAUCGCAAUCUCUACUGGUAGAGACUCCAAUUCAACCAAAUCACAGUCUCUACCAUGAUAUAUGCAUCGUUUAACCUGCAAAUCGCCAGUUAGGGCUUACAGUGCGCUUUAUAUUUAUAAAAAAUGUAAAAAGGAAAAAAAGUACAACUAACAAAUGUCUGAAAGGGUUAACAGUCACGCCAGCUGACAUGAAGCGAUUGUGAAGAAGAACAGAUGAGUGUAAGCAGAUGGAUGCAUGGACUCCUGCCCUGCACAAUUUAUAGCGGUGGGUCUGUCAGUGUUUGCUGCCAAAAGCUGGGGUUGCCUUGGCAUUAUUACACACACACACACACACACACACACACACACACACACACACACACACACACACACACACACACACACACACACACACACACACACACACACCCACACCAAACCAACUGCAAUGGUUCAUUGGGAUUUCAUCUUUAUGGCUGCUCUCAAAUCCAGAAAAGCUGGUACCUCCCAAGUGUCUUCGCCACUUCUUCUUCUGAGCCAAGAGAAGACGUUAAGCUGCAGGUUGGAAUAAAAAUAUAUCCAGGAACCUUUACCAUGUUUUAUAUUUGAGGAGGGGAAACAUUUUUUAGUGCACCUUAAAAUCUGGCAGACUCACAAACCUCAAAUCAAAAGGCUGAAGUUAAAUUUUCUCUGCUUUUAUACUGUCUAAACUCUCCUCACACUCACCGUUUAUGAAAACGAAUCUGCACACGAGACGUGCCUUGAAGAGUUUGUGUCCAAGCGAAAAGAGGGAAAAAGAGAAGAUUUUAAUGCUGGUGCAGCUUGAAAUGAGUUUCCCUGCCUGAUGUUAAAGUGCCUUGGUGUUUGCUGAGGAUACUGUUUUAAACCGCGAUUUGCCACAGAAGAAGACAAAUUAGACAGAAAAAGGAAAAAGAGGUGCUAGUCUCUUUCAUCUUUACUUUAAUAUUUGUUCAAUACAGAAACAAAGAAAACUGUUUUGAAAACUGUUUGAAAACAGCAAUAAUCUUAAUCAUCUUACUACAUAUUACAUCUUACUACUACAUCUUAAUUUCAGCAUUUUGUAAUAUUUCAUACAUUAAACGAGAAAAUCAACAGAUACGGAGAAUAAAUGUUAGUUGCUGCUCUAAAACUCAUACUUAGUGCACAUUCUUAAUAUCAUAAUGAAGACAGGGCCACGCUUUAGUGUAAAAAAAGUACAUCUAGUGCUAAAAAGACAAACUCCUGGUUAAAAUGCAGGAGAUGUGUUCAUAUUUGCUUGAAUUCUUAUCAGCGAUCAGGCAGCAGAAUGUAUGAAAAUUCUUCUGUCGGCACAGGAGAAGAUGAAACAAAACAUGAUCUGUGAAAUGGGGCAGCUGACAGAAACAGAACCUCUUCAGUGAGUAUUGGUUCACUGAGCGGCUUUUCUGACUCCACCUUACACAAGCCCUUGAAAUCUGAAAUAAAUCUGAAAACAGAUGGGACACACUUCACAGCCUCGUGAACUAUGAGGAUGCCUAAAAUCCCACCAAUGUGCGUGCAAUUAAGCCAAUAUACAAUUCAUAUACAGUAUUAGCUUCAUGAUAUGUGGUAUGGCCUCACUGUUGCACUGCCAUUUAAAAGUUUGGAGUCACUUAGAAGAAAAUCAUUUUUUCAAUGAAGAUAAAUACAGUCUAGACAUUGUUAAGGUGGUAAAUGACUAUUCUAGCUGGAAAUGGCUGACUUUUAAUGGAAUAUCUGCAUAGGGGUACAGAGGAACAUUUCCAGCAACUAAUGCUACAUUGUGUUAGCUAAUGGUGUUGAAAGGCUAAUUGACCCCAACUUUUGAAUGGUAUUAUAUGUUUAGUUGUGUUUUGUUCUGUGAGGGAAUGGAACAAAUGAUCCAUUAGCAAGACUAUAUUUCUCUUCAUUUUCCAACACAUUCCUAUGCAGGGCCAUAACUGAGAGUAAAUAUGCACAUAUUUGUACAAUAUCUACUCUGUUUUUCUGUGCGCUACAAAGGCUGCAGUUGACAGAACAACUGAGUGGCAGCCAGGCCUUUGUGUUCAGUCCUGAUGUCUCUCAUUUAUCUUGUAAAGGCGUCACAUUCAGCACUUCGGCUGCAGAGUUAUUACUUCCUUUGCACAACAACAGCCAAACAUAACACUCUGGGCUGUGUCAGUGCAUUUUCACUCUGCUUAUUUGUCAUCUCCUUUGAAAAAAAAUAAUAAAAUAACAAGACAAAAUGUUUUAACUAGGAAAGAAAACAAAAUAUUACACGUUUCAAAACACUUUCCCAGCAAAUAGUUUUGUACUUGUGCAGAUGCUGAGACAAUUGCGUAUUCUGUUGUUUUAUAUCAAAUAUGCAGGGAGUUGAUAUCAGCUGAGUGGCAGUUUUCCUAGCCUUUUGUUCCAACUCAAAUCCAAGUUCAAUUUGGCGCCAUUUUUUCCCCUAACUUAACGAGGCAACUAGAAAUGCAACAAGGGGUUCAGAUUAUGACAUUUUUUAUUACCUGAGUGCAACAUUUACUUGAAGAAUAGCAUUUGAUCGGACUGUCCUGAUCUAAAUUCUUACUAUGGUUUUCUCCAUAUUUUCCAGCAGAUUGAACUUUCUUUGAUGUUUCUCACUUGGAGAGCAGUUGUACCUUACUGGAGUCAGGUAUUUUAAAGUUUACUGAUACAGAUGUUUAGCCUAGCCGCGCUAGACAACCCACCGCAGUGAAUUUAAUUCUCUGCCAGGGUGGGUCUAGUUACCCUCCAUAAGGCUCAAAGUUGGAUGCUCCUUAAACUGGCCGGACGAAUCACCAUGAAGUGUAGAGUCAGAAGGCAGGCGUAACUAAGUGACGACAGAGGCGCGACGAUUCUGACAGAAACAACCGGAAACAACUAGCCUUGCCAUGCUAGACAACCCACGGCAACGAAUUUAAUUCUCUGCCAGGGUCGACAACAAAAACGACAACUGUCGUUGAGCUCCAUUAGCACCGACUCUGAAUAAUCUUUCUGUUAACAUGUCUGUAAUAUACUUGAGCUUCACCCAUUGACUGCAUAAAUAAGGCUUCACCGAACUACCGCAUCCUCUGAUUUCCGGCGCUCUUGGAGCCUAUUCGUUGCGCUGAUUGGUUGUAUACCUACCCAAUUGCUGCAGAGUGAUUUGAUAGACAACCUUUUAGCCCGCCUCCCUCCCUGUCGAGCGUGCCUAGACCCUUGCGUCUUCAGAGCAUGGGUCUAGGCUAACAGAUGCUAGCAUUAGGUGAAGUACUGUGGUCAUACUUGUACUCAUAUUUGGAAAAUUUUGCAACACUCAACACAUCUGUUUUGCUGCAGCAUCAUUUGAGCAUCACAUUGAUUGAGCAGAUAGGCAAAGGAGGAGUAAUGUUGGAGGUUCGGAGACAUUUUAAGAUGAAAGCACAAAAGGCUCCAAGUUCUGAUCAAGAGGAAAAGAGAAAAACGCUGUCUUACAGUACCAGUGUGUAGGAUCUAGAGAAUGUAUUAGCAAAGAUGUAAUGUCACAUUCACAUCUACUGUAAAUUUAGAGUAACCAAUUAACCUCAGCAUGUUUUUGGACUGUGGGAGGAAGCUGGAGAACCUGAAAAAAACCCCACGCAUGCACAGGGAGAACAUGCAAACUCCAUGCAGAAAGAUCCCAGGAAGGCCAAGAUGCAAACUGGGGAUCUUCCAGCCACAAGGCAAAAGUGUUAACCACCAAGCCACUGUGCAGCCCCAAAGAUGUAAUCUGAUGUUCAUAAUUAUGUUUUCACUUGUGUAUGAUCACCUGUAACUACAAACAGUUUUUUGUUCGCUUAGACUGAGCCUUUCAUAUCCACAAAGGGAGUAGGCCUCUUCAACAGAGUGUCGUGUCACCAUGUUUCUACAGCUGCCCAGAAGGGACAAACCAAAUAUUGGCUCAAGAGAGAGCCUUUUGCAAUUCCUAACGUUGAAGUGACAGACACCUUAGGUCAUCCUACACACUUGGAAAGAGAGGAGUUGAGUGAGAGCUAUUCAGUUCACCCAUUUUGAAUGUUAUCAGGGUGUCCCACACAUAUGGGCCAGCAGGAACCUCCUCCAUCUUCUAGUAGACUCAGUAGGCAUGUUAUCAUCCAUCAUGAUCAUUGAUAAACACAAAGUAACCCUAUCUGGUCAUGUCAAUUAGCACACAAAAUGGAGCUUAGGGUGCAUUUUCAGCCCAACAAAAAUCUAAAUGGUAAUUUCGGUUCCUAAACUUGCACUGACUGAAAAAAAAUGUAAAUAAACCUUCAGUUCAACAAGUUGAACUAUAAUUAUGGUCUAAGACAACACUCAGACUUCAGUUUCCUGGAUGAAAGUUCACAGAUUUAUACCUUCUUCAUCUCAUCCAGCCUCUAAAUGUGGUCUUUUGUUCCUCUUUGUAAGUGCUAAAUUAGAAAAGAUAACAACAUCCUGAUUCUACUAGAAGGUGGAUCAUGUCUCUACCUGCCUACAUGUAUGGGAAUGAUCAUGCCUAUUCUAUGGUAUGAUAACAUCCAAAUUGUGUGUUUAAUUAGUGACAAUUUACAACCUUCCCACUCGACACCACAAAGUCCUACACUCUGGUCGUGUACCACAAACAUUUUUACAAAAUAUCACAGGUCCCAGCACAAUUUCGAGGCGUUUGCAAAUGCUAGAAGUAGGACAGAGGAACCACCAGCAUGGCAGCAAACACUGGAAAAAUAAGAGAAAAUGUUCAGAAAGAUGGGCAGUAAGCGUAACAGAGGCUCUUACCUGUUGUAUGGCUUUUAUGAAUAAUACAGGAUUUUCUGAUGGAGGGUGCACGAUGUUGAGAAAAGGCACAUUAACUUGACUUUGAGCUUCACUACUUAUAUUCAGGCCAGCAGUGUGUUUCCAAUAUCUCUCACCUCCCUAUAGAGGAAUGAUGUGAAUUUUACUGCUCAGCAAGUCGUAUUGCACGAAGUUUUCACCAUGUGUUCAGUGCUAACUGUGGUUUGUAUCAUAGAACGCAUAUAAAGCAAAUAGACCUGUAAAAGGACUUGUAUUUGAUCCGAAAAAGUGGUAUCAGUGCAUUUCUCGCUGGUUCAAACGGUCAGUCAGGCCAGUUUGUUUAAAUGCAAAGCUUAUGGAGAGUCCUUCACAGUUUUCUUUUUUAAAAGUUGAGCGCAAAGAAGAGGGGUUUGUCACACUUUUCUGGAAAAGGUUAAAAGCAAAAUGAUCAAAGUAAUUAGUUGCAAAAAUCAGAAAGGGAAUUAAAGUUGCCUCAGAGGAAUCUAAUCUGCUGGUAAAUACAGAGAGUUCUGGACACGGCUAGAAGUAAAAUGAAUGCAGAGUAAUGACAUAUCCAAAACAUAUGGUCCAAAAUAUGCAUCCGGCAGAAAUGUGCAAAACCAUUGUCCCCUCCAGUUGAGCCUUUUAUCAUGGGUAAAUUUAUGCUGAUUGAUGAUGCUUCCCAGUUGAGUUGCAGCCUAUCAGAUAUCACAGUUGUGAUGUGAUUUCUUGAUUAGUUAGAGACACCUCUGACCUAAGAUCAGAGCUUCAGCCUCAUGGGGUUACAUAACUCAAAUACUUUGACUUUUAAAAUGUAAAGAACCCUUAUGCCAAACCUUUGAAGUGAGAACACAUUGCAAACCAAGUGCACUUAACCACUUAAAUGUGUCUUUGUUUUCUGCUCAAGUUUUUAAUGUAUUUGUUGUACAAAGAUAUUGCUACUUUGGGGUAUACAUGUUUGUGUUUUUUACUACAUAAUGCUGCUCAUAACACAUAUAAGGGCUGUGGAGUUAAUAAGAUGCAUAUGAGAUUAACUCCAACAUGAUUAAAAUACUUGAUGCAAUACUUCAUCUAAACAUACACAGAGCUUUUUUUAACUUUAUGUUCUGUUGAUUUGUACCACUAAAAUGCCACAUAUGCACUGCUGAAAUAAUAAAAUGUAGAUUUGUUUAAACAGG